AUGUGUUGUGUUAUGAAACGGAAUGCUAUGGUCUUGCAAAGACAUACUACCAUCGGAAUAAAUGGUUUCUUUGUGCUUCCCUAUUCAUAUAAUUAUGGUAGUAGUCACCAACUCAUUAUACAUGUUAAGAUUUCUGAACAUGAUUCUGGUAUUUCUUUACUGUCAGAUGAGGAACACAAGGAUUAUCUUUCAAGGGUCAAUACUGAUGAUAUGAUAAAAAGAUUAAGAGAUUUGAGACAGUCGAAUGGGCACCAACAAGGCAAGCUGAGCUCUUCUCCAGUUCAUGAAUUUGUUCGAAGUCCUACUGUUUCAGCCUCACGUAAGAAACAGAAAACGAGCCACUCAGCGUCAGCACUCUCUGAUGCUGGUGCACUUUCUCCACCCAAUGCCAAGCAUCCAUCCUUGCAGUCAUCUUCAUCAAACUUGAAACGUGGCCGUCCUCCAGGAUUCCCCGCUGUUCCAGGAAGGCCACAGGGUAAAAGUCAUAGUACUUCUGGUACAUUCGGACCUAAUGAGCCUGACAAAGCUCAAAAGAUUGAUCAGCACAUCGGAAAGAGAGUAUGGAUAAGGUGGCCGGAUGAUAACAGUUUCUAUGAGGCAUUGAUAACAGAUUAUAAAGAGGGUCUGCAUGCAAUAGUCUAUGAUAUGAAUACAGAAAAGGAAUCUUGGGAGUGGCUCAAUCUCAAAGAGAUAUCCCCUGAAGACAUCAGAUGGGACGGUCAGGAACCUGGACUCUCUCAUAAAGGUUCGCAAGCUGGACAAGGUCGUGGUCCUAAGAAGUCUUUAGCCCGUGGUGGUGGAGCAAUUGGUGCAGUAAGAGGCCACGGAACCUUAAAGGGCCAUCCCAAAAUGGAUUUAUUUAUGCCUCAAAAUGGCAUUGGAAGAGAAGGAUCGGGAGAAAUUAGGUUACCAAAAACUGAUGCUCUGAUUAAAAAGGUGGAGGAGGUUUUUUCUGCUAAUGAUCCUGACCCAAUGGAGGUUGAGAAAGCCAAGAAAGUGUUGAAUGAACAUGAGGAAGCAUUGACCCAAGCUAUUACUAUGCUAGAGGAUGCAUCCGACAGUGAAAGUGAUAGAGAAGAUCAUCCCUCCUCACAAGGAAAGUCGAUGGACUGAGAACAAGGAUGUAGAAAACGGACAUACGAUGAGAUAGGCGUAGAAGGUAGGAAAAGGGAAGGUCCAAGUCUAUGAACAAAUGGUGAUAAAUGCCGCGUUUCCUUACAAAAGAAGAAAGAAGCUUAGCCAGUGUGACAAUCACCAGAUUAUAUCAGUGUUAGUUAGAUUUUAUGCGAAAGUUGUAGAUUUUCGUUUUAGAACAUUCUUAGUUAAUCUUUAUUAGAUUUUAUGGGAAAGUUGUAGAUUUUUGUUAAUCUUUAUGAUUAAUCUUUAGGAAUGGCAGUAGAUUUUAUAAGAAAGUUGUAGGUUAUCGUUUUAGCACAUUCUUAAUCACCAUUAUGUAUUUUUUACGAGAACUUUUCUUGUAAUUCUUUAAUUGAUUAGUCAUUUAUAUAGGGUCGUUUUAGC